AUGAGUGACGACGGUGAGACGACGCCUGGCGACUGGGCGCUUUUUGAAGAGCCGGCCGGCUUUCGGCCACCGACGCCGCCGCCCACUGAGGCGACCCAUACCAUGGAGAAUGGCACACACGUGCGACUGCAGCUCGUCGGCUCGCAUCCCCUGUGGGGCCACUACCUGUGGAAUGCAGCGCCCACACUCUCGCGCUUCCUCGAGACACAUUGCACGUGUGUGGCCGGUAAGGAUGUGCUUGAACUAGGCGCCGCGUCUGGUCUACCGUCCAUCGUAUGCGACAAGCUGGGCGCACGGCGCGUCGUAUCCACCGACUACCCUGACCCUGACUUGAUGAAGAAUCUCGCGCACAACCUCGCACAAAAUGGGUGCACGGCCCCACGUACCGUGGCGCAAGGGUAUAUAUGGGGCGCCGACGUAACACCCCUCCUGGCACAUGCGCCGCAAGGCUUUGAUUUGAUUCUCAUGUCCGAUCUCAUUUUUAAUCACCAAGCUCACCCUGCUCUGCUUGACACGGUCGAUCGGUGCUUGGCCGCGCGUCCUAACGCGCAGGUGCUCGUCUUCUUUAGCCAUCAUCGCCCGCAUCUUGCCGAGCGCGAUCUCUCCUUUUUUCCCCUGGCCGAGGCGCGCCACUAUACGUAUACCAAGCUGGAGGAAUGGCUUUUGUCGGUACGUCUAUUCACCUGA